UUUUAAUGUCAACACAAUGCAUGAUAUUGUAAGCCCUUUAGAAGCUUCUAACCAUGCCGUGUUUUAUUUUUUGCAUGACAGACUGAAUCAGGAUGUCCAGGAACUCGUCGAUGGUGAGCGCUCUUUCUGCGCUCUCAUUGGGCAGCGCUCGACGAAGGAGACAGCGGCAGCAAACGGGGGAGCCCGAGCUGAGCUUCGGCGAUCUCAUUCCUCCCCUUGCUUCGAACGACGCCGACAGCCGCAGGUGGACCUACAAGCGAUACAUCAUUCUCUGUGCGUCGGCGGCUGCCGUUCUCAGUCUGCUGACAGUGUCCGUGAGCGUCACCACAGUGGCCGUCAAGCACACCGUAUCAAAAAGAUUACAGAUUGUCAACGCGACGAAGUCAGGUCACCUUCAACGACAGAAGGGUGCAUUUUCCUGCUCGUCCAACGCGUGCGUCCGAGAAGCCCAACGCAUCACUCAGUCGGUCAACAAGAGCGACGAAGUGGGUCCCUGCGAUGACUUCUACACAUACACCUGUCAGGGCUGGCUGAACGACAACCCCGUCGUGGCAGGAGCAGCCCGCACCUCGUACAGCCUCGAGAUCAGGGAGCGGGUGGAAGCCGGCCUGAUGUCCUUCAUCGAAGCUGAGAGUGCCGGACCGUUGGGCGACGAGACAGCGCACAACAUGUCCAUCAUCAAGAAGCUGGUCAACUUCAUACGAGGCUGCGAACAGAAAGAGAGCAUGGUGGAUGUCGGUGUGCGGCCCCUGAAGCGGGUGCUUGCCGACUUGGGUCUGCGCACGUGGCCUAGCGUGCGGGCCACUGAACCGGCUGUCGAGAUGGUCGCCGGACUUGUCACCAGAGCGCUUGGCGAGUCCACCGUGUUUUCAGUCUCGUACGGUCCGGAUCUGGCCAACCAAUCUCGCAACAUCAUCACGGUGGACCAACCAGCGUUGUCUAUCCGCCGAGGCCACCUGCUGGGCAAUCCGCGCAACCUGGAGGCGUAUCGCGUAGUCGUGAGGCAAGCCAUGAAGCUAACCAAGCCUCAGGAGCAGCUCGAUGGACUCGCUGGCGACGUCAUGAACCUGGUACACCGCAUUGCCCGGUCAACAAAAACGCCAAAAGAACGGCUGAAAAUCGGUUCUCACUUUCUCCGAGAAAGAAUGGACAGCCUUCAAGCGAAGACGAGGUGGCACUGGGCAAAGUUUCUCAACACCGUCUUCGACGGAGUCACUAAGGUCCACGACAUGGAUUACAUUCGAGUGAAGAGCCCUUUCUACGUGGGACACAUGUCGCGCAUUCUCAACACGGUCUCAAGUUCCACGGUGUUCAACUACGUGGGCUUCCGCGUGGUUCUCGCGCUGUCUCCUUUGCUGUCCGAGGAGUUCGCCAGUGAAGCGGCCCGGCUGAGGUUGAGACGACGCUUCGAGUCCCGUGGUGAGGCAGCCCGUCGUCAACGCGUUUGCCUCCACAUGGCCGAGGAGGCGAUGCCACUGGUCGUACUUCACGUGUACGCCAUGGUCUUCAACAAGCUGUACACGCCGAGUGUCGAGAAGGUAAUAUACACCGUCGAAAGCAUCCGCUACUUCAUGAAGGCCUUCGUCGAGCAAGCCCACUGGAUGGAGUAUUCAUCGAAAAUGGCAGCUAAGUACAAGCUGAAGGCGAUGACCGUGAACAUCUUUUAUCCGCUCUGGAUCAUGGAUGCCGACAAGCUGGGAAAAAUCUACGCUUCGACCGUGGUCAACCGCAAGGAAAUUGCCGAGAGUUACUACAUCCUACGCCGGGCAACCAUGCACCGGUAUUGGUCCAAGUUCUCGAAGGAACAAGCCGAACCAGAGUGGCAGGGCUCCGUCUUCGACAUGGAGUGCAGAUACGACUGCGAAGCCAACGCCUUGUAUAUACCUAUGGGCUUGUUCAGUGAGCCUAUUCUUCAUUCGGACGUUUCUUCCCUAUUCAGCGUCUCCAGGCCGGGUGCUAGGAUAGCUCAUGCCAUGCUGGCCGCCAUUGACAAACGAGGUUUUUUGUACACCGUGUCGAGCACGUACAGAAAGUGGUGGACGGAGGAGACGCACUACCGCUACGCCCAGGUGCUAUCGUGCUUCAUGGAACAGUACAAGGGAAUCGUUGACCGCAAGCUCCAUCUCAGGCUUACUUCAUCAGGAACCUCCGAAAUGAACGUCGCCGACAACGCUGCACCGGAAGUACUCUUCGAGGCCUUCCGCCAAACAGUCGACGACAUGGACAUCGACAACCGCCACUUCUCCAUGGCUGGUCUUAAGAAGCUCACUCUGGAUCAGCUGUUCUUCAUCUCCUAUGCCAUGGGAUUUUGUGAAGAGCAGAAAGAAGACUUCCUUAAGAAGCAAAUACUUCAUGGUACAACAAGUCCACCAAAGUACAGGGUGAACCUCCCAUUCAGCAACAUGCCCUCAUUCGCCAAAGCCUUCGGUUGCUCCGAGGACAGCCCCAUGAACAGGACACUACGGUGCACCUUCUGGUGACGCGAGAGCUGGGCAGCCCGCUGCAUUGUCGAGAAGCUCCCGUGAUUCCCAACGCUUCAUUUGCUCGUGUUGUCGCACCGGCUUAGUUUGUUGGACUGCGCUUUUCGAACAUAUGAUCAAAAUAAAGACGUCUUUUG